AAACUCAUUAAAAUUUAGUUGAAGUACUGCUAACCGGAAAUCGCGUCGUUCUCUGUCUUUUGUGCUCAGCACAUGCAACGUGUGCUUCUACUGGUUCAGCGCUGAUCAGUUUUGUUGUGAAAAAAAUUGAUCAUCUCGACCAGAAAAAGAUUUAAAUAAUGGCAAGUACAAAAACCGACAACCCUGAGAAACCAGGACAGGAGGUACCUCCUAUUCACAGGAUUAGAAUUACACUUACUUCACGAAAUGUUCGUUCUCUUGAGAAAGUUUGCUCUGAAUUGAUCAAUGGAGCAAACAAACAGAAACUUAAAGUGAAGGGGCCAGUUCGUAUGCCUACGAAGAUUCUUAGGAUAACUACACGUAAAACACCUUGCGGAGAAGGUUCAAAAACUUGGGAUCGUUUCCAGAUGCGUAUUCAUAAAAGAGUCAUUGACUUAUACUCACCAUCAGAGAUUGUAAAACAAAUUACAAGCAUUUCCAUUGAACCUGGUGUUGAAGUGGAAGUCACAAUCGCUAAUGAAUAAGACAGUAAAAAAAAAAUGUACAAAGUUUUAAUAAAAACUUGAAAAUACUAAAA